UGCAAUUUGAUGAGCCAUUUCACACCUAGUGGGUGAAUCUAUUCCCAGUGAUCUGGCCAUUUUGUUUAUAGCCCAGAUCAGCUGACUUGUUUUGCUGGCUGUGUGUUUGUACAUGCUAAUACACAUGCCAUGUUGCUCAAGUGCAGCAGGAUUUACAGGUGAAAGCGUCAACUGACAUUCACUGCAUCAUGACGGUCAACAUAAAUGGAUCACCCGUGUAGGAGUAUUCCCAGCCCUAUGUGACAGUUUCUGUUGUUGGUUCCAGGGAAUUUUAGCUCUCUCUCUCCUGCCAGAAACAUUGAUAAUCCUCCAGAAACAUUGAUAAUCCUCCAGAUCUGAUGGCUCAACUGCAUUAGUGAGAUUUGGGAUUUUUUUUUCUUUUUGCCAGCAUCAAGAGGGAAUGUAGUGGAGCUUAGAAUGCUGAAACAUCUCCUGACUUCUGAGAAAUCUGGAAGCAAGUGCCUACAUGAGCGUCGGAGGCGUGAUCAGGAGAACGCCUAUUUCGAGGAGUUGGCGGAGCUGAUCUCGGCCAGUGUGACGGAUAUGAGCGCCCUCUCAGUCAAGCCGGAGAAGAGUGCCAUUUUACAGGAAAGCUUAAACAAAAUCAAACAACUUAAACAAGAAAAAGCGUCCUCAGACGCCGUUCAGCAGAGUCAAGUGUCCUCGAGCAAGCCCUCUGUCCUCCCGACUGAAGUCCUCGGACCACUUCUUCUGGAGGCUCUGGACGGCUUUCUUUUUGUUGUCAACAGCCAGGGAAAGAUUGAAUUUGUUUCCGACAACGUUACAGAAUAUUUACAGUAUUCCCAGGAUGAUCUGAUUGGAAAAAGUGUUUACAACAUUAUACAUAUCGGUGACCAUGAUCAAUUCAACUACAGCUAUCUUCCCAUGUCAUUGGGGAGUUUGAUACCAUGGCCCAGUGACUCCACAGUAGCAAAGGGAAGAACAUUUAAUUGUCGCAUGCUCGUUAAACCCCCAUAUGAUGAGAAUGAUGAUGUAGAAACUAAACAGACUUACGUGUCACAGUAUGAAAAUCUUCAGAUCUCAGCCAUCUCACAACCCGGGGAAAAAUUCUCAGAUGGUGCUGAACACUCAGAAGGGCUAUCAUGCUUAGUGUGUAUUGCACGUCGCCUUUCUUUCAACGAAAAGACAAAUACAAUGCUGGGGAUUGAACAGUUUACAACAAAACAGGAUAUCAAUGGAAAAAUAAUCUCUCACGAUACCAGUGGAAUUGUUCGAGGUCAUUAUUCAUGCCCAGACUUUACUGGACAAAAUAUUCAAGAUUUCUGUCACCUUAAUGAUGUUCAAACAUUGUCAAAACAUUUCCAAGAAGUGCUGAAGACAAAAAGUAAUACAAGUAGUGUGUACCGUUUUAAACUACAAGACAAUCGAUACGUAUUUGUGCAAACACGUAGUCAGCUUUACGAAAACGGCAACAAUGGAGACCAUAGCUUUAUCAUGUCAACCCACUCCAUCAUACGAGAAUGUGACUCCGACGUUGAGCUUAAAGGCUCUGCGUCCACAAGUUUAAUGAAAUCCAUCAUUGGACAGUCGAAUACUUCGGUGCCCAAUAACCAAAGAGAACAGAACUCUGUGCGUGGAUUACCAAACAAUAUAUCUCCAAUGGCGGUGUUAAGUGCUAUAAAUCAACCUUUUCAGAACUCUCUGAGCCAGGCUAUAGAGGAUGUUGGGGAUCAAUUCGACCCCUCUUCCAACAGUUGGGACUUUUUAGAUCCUCCGUUCCCUGGAAAUUCUGGACUCGGUGGCGCUAUUCCUGUUUCUCAUAACAAUAACAAUGGAUUCUCCUCAGGAAAUUCAGCCAAUCUUAAUAGUUGGAAUAACAUGCAGCCACAAAUGAAGAUGGGAAACUCCCAACAACAGCAGCAUCUGGUGCGAAAUGUGUUAAACAUGCAGCCACAGCCUAACUCUGACAAACAGAGGCAACUGUCGUUAAACUUUCCCAGAAGUAACUCUUAUGAGGGAGGAGGUCAGAAAAGCCCUAGUUUUGCUUCCAGUCCUAGAGGUAAUCAGUAUCCUCCAUCAAGUCAAAGGGGCAUGCAUGGUGCAAUGGGCAUGAAUAGUCAGAGAAGCCCUGGGAGCAGCAUGGGUCAGAACCCUCGCAUGUCUCCAGCCGCUGGGGUAAUGAACUACCCCAUGCAGCGUACCCCGCCCAUUUCUUCAGUGAGUCAGAACUCCUGGGGGCGUGUUCAUCACAGUGGGGGACAGUUCUCGGCCCCACAGACACCAACUAGUAGCAUGAUGUCUCCUCCCAAUGACGGUCACCAUCAGGCCUUGCAGAACUUGGGGGGUGGAAUUAGCCCCUCCCCAAGGAGGUCUGGAGAGUUCACAUUUCCGUCGUCAGCACGGCCGGGAAAACUGAGUCAACUCUUGUCUGGGAGUAAUCUUAGCUCGGACCUGUUCAAAGGGAACUCUACAGAGUCUGUCCAGUCCUCAACCAAGGACCGCCCAAGCGGUGAGGGCGUAGUGACAAAAUCCCCGGCGGACAGCAUGCAUCAGUCACCGCAGCCUGGGCCAGGCCAGAGUCCCCCGGAGAAACCACAGAGCACUACGAACACGGAUGACUCUGAUAAAGAGGCCCACAGGAAUGUGAUCUUGAAGCAGCUGCUGAGCACGGACGAUGACGAGGAGGAAUGUAAUGAGGCGGCUCCCACGGAGGACACAAAGGGGUCAGACGGCAAGGCCGACAUGGAGAAAAAUGAGGCCGAACCAAAGAAACCCUCAAACGCUCUGCUAAAGAAAUUACUAAGUGAUGAUGGAGAGAAAAAAGAUGGAAAAUCUCGAGACCGCUCAAGACAGACCUCAGGAGAUCUUCUGCAGAUCCUUCUGAAUGAAGAAGAAAGUGGUUCCUCUCCAGUCAUCGCCACAGCUGAGAGCACUAGUCAUGAGAAUGAUCUCUUCUUGCGCCAGAGACACCAAUCUGGGCCCCAGGAGCCCCAGUCUACCACGCCAUCUACCUCCCUCCCACAACCCUGUCUGCCUCCCUACUCCCAGGAGCACCAUCCAGCCACACCCGUCAGUGCAGCGCCGAGUGAAGCCGGCAAAAAAUCGGACGCCAUUGGUGACAAGGCACUGAACUCUCUACUGAACUGUCUUUGGGAAAAAGGGGACAAUGACCCCCUCCCGAAGCCCAGCAGAAAGAGAAAGGCUUCAGGCACGGACGGAAGUGUUGAUAGUACGGACAUGGAAUUGGGCAUGUCCAGUCAACAGCAGGGGAAGAUGGGUAAUAACUUUAGAAACAAGAAUGUGUUACUUGCUCAGUUGUUGUCAAAGCGGACACCCAGUGAAGCGGUGGUGAACACUGGCCGUCUAUUGGUGAGUAGUGAUCCCUGUGAGUUGCCGCAAAGUCGCUUCACUGUUCCAGAGAAACAAAUGAACUUAAGACUUAUUGAUUCAAAACGUUUGUCAACGGAAAAAGAAAAGGAAAACCUGAAAGAUAGUUUUCAGGGAUUUUCUAAUUCUAGCCAGUAUGGGAGUUUGGACAAUUCAGUUAAAACUAGUGUGGGAAGCAGCUGUGCAUCCAGCAUGAUGAGCACUGUGAACACUAGUUCAUUCAAUGGAAUUAGUAUACCAAGUUCUGGCACUAAUGUAACUUCUGUGUCUAGUGAAUAUGAUGAACUCCAGAAGAUUCUGGGAUUUGGGUCCAACAAUGUGACUUGUGAUUCAAUGAGUAACCCAGUAUCAGGGAUGGAUAUAGAUUCCUCAGGGACCCCCGACCCGCUACUGGCAGAGAUUCUGAAGCAAGCAGCAGACUUGGAACAGGAGCACAUCCUGCAUACAAGUAGCAGUAUGCCAAAUAUUAGCCAGGACAUGAAUUGUUUGACGGGGGCCAGUGGAGGCGACUUGAAUCAUGUGGCAUCGUCCGAGGACCUGCAGCUGUUAUCACAGCUAGAGCAGGUGAUACAGGACCCGAACUUUAACAUCGGAUCUCUCCCCGGACUUGAGCAGGAACCCCAGCAGUCUGAUGACCGGGCAGCCAUCAGGAGAAUUCAAAACCAGCUGAUGAGUGAGGACCCCUUCCCAGCUGUUUCAUCCAUGGGACAAAUGAACAACUUGGGACAAAACCUCUCCUCCCAGGCUUCUAUCCCACAGCAGAACAACUAUGGGAUGAGCAGCAACCCACAGCACCCAAUGUCCAGUCCGAUAGGGGGUGGGGGCAUGGACAUGCAGUACCAGCAUAUGGCCAGUCAGCAGUCCCCCUUGCCCACUCAGGCUGGACCUCGCUUCCCCCAGGGGGCGCAAAAGUUCCUGCCCCAGGGUCCUCGCCACUCCAACCCACAAGGCGGGUCCUUAAACAGUGCCUUACAGAGCGGAGGUUCCCAGCAGCAGCAGAGGCCCAUGGGAUACCAGUCUAUGGCAAGUCAAGUACGACAGUCGCUCCUACAGCAACAGAAGCUGAAGCAGCUCAGAGAGCGCCAGGCUGCUCAGCAACAGCAACGCCAGAUGAUGCAUCGGCAACUCAGCCAGCAGUUCAACCAGAGAUUUUCUCCGAGCAUAGAUAACAGCCCCAUGCAGCCUUACACUGAGAAUUUGAGUGAGCUUAUGAACAGUGGGACGGUCCCUAAUGUGACCCUACAGAGAAACCAGAUCCCUGGCCCCAUGUCACCCAGGUUUUCUGGGAUGCAGCAUCAGCAGCACCCGAGCCUGAGUCAGCUUAUACGACCCGGCCCCUCCACCCCCAACUCUCAGAUGUCACCUCACUUCAAUCAGCAACAGAAUCAAUGGAACAUGAGGCAACAGCAGGCUCAGCAACCAGCCAUGCAGAGCCCCAUCAGCAACAGUGUGCCCAAGUCAAACCCGAUCUUGAUGAAUCGUCACCGCUCGUUUUCUGGAGGGACAAUGACCACAAAUAACCAAGGGGGUCACUUCCAGUUCCCUGACCAGAUGGGGAACUCUGGGCAGAUGGGUCUGCUCCAACAACAGCAGCAGCAGACGAUGAUGGCCCAGAACAGGAUGAUGAGACAGAUGAGUCUACCCCCAGGUCAUGCUUCCCCAAGGGCACCUGCUAGUCCCUUUGGGAACAGUCCAGACCCACUGUUGAUGUCCCCUCAUUCUUCGAUAUCCCCUCGCCAGAACCCCCAAACCAGUCAGGUCAGCCCGCCCUUCAAUCACACGUCUUCAUUGGCCAGCUCAGUCAUGCCACCGUCGUCAAUGGCAAACAGUCACCCCAACAUGAUCAGUCAGAACUAUACAGAUUUUGAUCUACUAGACAGCAGUAAGAGUAUGCCGAUGCAGCAGAAGUCGACCUCUCAGUACGUGAAGGAGGAGCUGAGGAACAUUUGUAAUGCCCGGUCAGAGAAGCACCUCCAGCAGCAACAACAACAGCAGCAGCAGGGGAUGUCCCAGGGGCUUCCCCCACCCCCGGUCUCCCAGACAACACCCUCCACCCCCCAGCCACCCACAUCAGUGGAGUACAGUGAGCUCCCCAACUACAUCAUAGAGCAGAUAAGCGAGAUGCAGCAGGAGCAGCAAGCUAAGACAGAUUUUAAUUUUGAUGAUUUCAAGGAAGCAGAUGUUUUAGCUCUCAAAAGGAAAGAGGCCAGGGAAAUCUACCAGCAGUUCCGACAACUCUCUGAGAAAACAGAGCCGGUGGUGCCAGAGAACCCUGAAAUCAAGGCCUCAGCAGUGUUCCGCAGUCAGCUGAUGACCCCCCACAAUGCCAAUGGUCCCCAUCUACCACUGCCGGAUGAUCUGGCACGACUAAAGCCAGAUCAAGUUCAAGUGGUUGCCAAGGAACCAAGGGGGAACAUUGAAGACAUCAAGCCUGCAGACCACAGUAAAAAUAGCCUUCUGCAGCAGUUGCUCUCAGAAUGACAUAGGGCUCCUGUAUAGGAAAAAACCUCACCAAAUAUGUAUAACAGACUUCAGGGAGUUUAAACCUCCGUGCCUGUGGCACGAUAAAAAUGGCCAGUGUUAAGUGCCGGACCUCCAUGGAGCGUCGCCAUGGUAACAAGGCUGUGAUGAGAAAACUUUGAUCUCAAUUUUCUUUGUUGGACAGCUACACCCGGAAUCGCAGAUAUUUUUCUGUUUGUUUUGUGCAGUUACUUGUGAAGAAAUGUGAUUUUUUUUCUGGAGAAAGACUUUAUCUAAGCACAAAGUGCCUGCCAUAUUAAAUAUCCAGGGAAUUUCUCACAUGUGACUUCAUUAGACCUCAAGUGAGCUUGUUUCAUGAGGAGAGUGUUUUACAAUGGACCGUCACAUGGCCUUGUUGGGAUAGAUUUAAUCUAUGUCGGUUUAUAUCUGGAAGACUUGGAGUCGGGAAUUUUAUUUUUGUAAACACAUUUAAUGAACUCCAGAUAUGACAACAUAAUUGUUUUUCCACCAGAAAAAUGAUCACACACGUACUCUCUCAGAGGAAAGGAUUUAUUUUUAUCCACACUGCAGUGGAGUGGGUUUUUAUUUGACGGGUAAAAUAACUAAGAUUAUAGUCCCAUAAUGUUGUAGAUGGGACUAGUGGACCUUUUUUUUGUUAAAGAGACACAGAUUUUAAUGUUGUUUUGUUCACUGUUAUGACUGGUGUAUCAUUGUAUAUUGUAUACAUGCAUAAUGUUUCAGAUAUAUAUAAGCUUCAUUUCAUCGUUUUUGACUUGUCACAGUACUAGCCAACACAAAAUUUUAUUACACUGUAUAUAGAAAUAUAUGAUUAUGUAGAGAGAUGAGAUAGAGUUGUUGUGAAUUUUGUGCAUAAUGUCAAUUGUUAAUCAUUGAAUUAUACAAUGUGUAAAUAGCUGCAUGUACUGAAUUCAAGGCAUGAAGCUUAGAGAAUCGACAGACAUCCUGUUUUGUUGGGAUCUAGGACAGAGGAAAUGCUGGAGGAGACUUAUAAACAUUGUAUUCCUUAUAAUUGGUGUCUGGUUAAGGAUCACCUUUGACCUUUAACCUGUUGAACCCUGGUGGUGUAAAUGCAUACUAUUUUUUUUUUGUAUUUGUACAUAUACAAUUCAUUUUUAAAUGUGUCAAACUGCAUCGCCCAUAUAUAUAAUGAUAGACUUAUUAAUGCCAGGGGAGAGCACUCUAUUUUGAUGUUGUUAUAUCAUUUUACAUGUAGAAACUAUACUUGUACAAUAUUUUUAAUACGAGGCAUAUUUCAUGUUGGAAGAGAGACAAGUGGUUGUAUGAAUUAGAAUUUUUCUGAAUGAAGAGGCUUAACUUGAUAAGUUGUUCCACACCAGUGAUUAUUUAGUGAAGGUCCAGUUCUGUCUGUCUUAGCUUUGGAGUGAAGAACAUUUACUCGAAACUGAACAAGACAUAUUCAAGUGCAAUGUGGUUAGACUCAGAUGGUUUUUUAUCGUUUUGAAAUGUGAAUUUGUACCAGCUGCCAAUUGUCUGGAUAAGUAAGCUGUUGAUUGCUGUCUGUUACUUACUGAUCCACAGCCAGGCGUAUUGGAAAUUAAUUGUCAUUCUUCAUAUGAGUAACUUUAAAAGUAAUGAUAUUGAAGUUUAUUUUGUUAAAUUCACAGUACCAGUAUUUAUUUCUGCUAAAGUUGUGUGAAAUUUAAAUCAAAAAUAUUUAAAGUAGGAAAUCUAGUGAGCCAGACACUUUUAAUAUUUUUUUUUCAUCAUAAAACGGGUUUACAGAUUUGCUCAAUUUUUAGAGUCCAUCUAGCAAUGAAAACAUGGGUUGUCCUUGUUUUCUGGAGAUAUUUUGACUCUUUAUAGGUAAAUAUUGCAUUGCCAAUAUCAUAUAUUUGAUAGGGACACUUUUAAAUAUGGCCUUUCCUCAAUAUUUCUUUUUAUGCACACAGAAAAACUUUAGGUGACUUUAUGCAGUAGGGUUUGCCCCUUCCUUGAAACAUUGGUGAUUUUAUCAAUCAAAUCCAGUCCUUUUGUAUGGAUUAUCAAGAACUGGGAGGAUAGCUCGAUGGACUUCCUCUCAGGGCCCGGUGAUAGAGACUUCUCAAUUAUUCCAGUGCAUUUUUUAAAUUAAAACAAUGUUAGGCCUCAUUAUCAUCCCAUCACUUCUAGAUAUAGACAUGAUGCAAUCAAAAACUGACUGGAUUUCUCUCCCUUUCUUCUCUUCUUUCUAUUUAAUAAUGUCUUUUAUUUUAUCCACUUUAAAAAAAAAAACAAAGCAUGUGAUUACAUUUCUACAUUCAUGAACCGAUGUGUAGAGGGUGUGAACUUUCCAAAGGUGUAUUUCUCCUGGAAUUUGUGAAAUAUUUUAGGUGUCUGUGAAAAACGAAGCAGAUAUGGUUACAAUGAACUGUGGUCUGUUUACUGAGCACAAUGUUAUUAUGGUUUUACAAAACUUAUUUCAUUUCUGUCAAUAUUUUCUUAAAUGCUGUUUUCCAUAUAAUGGUUGACCAUGCCUCCAUUCCAAGUUCUCUUAUCUUAAACAGUUUUUCAGAAAAUGUUUAAUUGAAUUAUUCAUAUAUUUGAUAAGAAAGUAUUUUUGUAUAAUUGAAAAUUUGGAACUCUUUUCAUUUUAGUCCUUGUGAUAUUUUUGACAUUUAUUAAUCUAGUGCAGAGAAAUUUCAAAUUCUUUUCAGUUCUAAUUUCCUCAAUGAUAAUUGUUUAUGUACUGCAUAUUCAAAUCAUUUUGAUUACAAUAAUGUUAAUAAGUGAAAUUUUGAUAUUAUGUGAAACAGUUUUAUUUGAAAUUUCUCUGCAACUAGUCACCAUUAAUAUGAUGAAAAUGCAUUCAACUCGGUUUUUAAGAAGAGAGGUAAUAAGUGCUAUUGUAUUAUUUUUAAAUAUUCUAUUCUAUACAUUUUGACACUGUAUGUGUUAUAUAUAUAUACCUUCAGCCCUUCUGUUUACCUCAAUACAGUUGGAAGGCAUGCCUUAUAGAGCAUUGUACAGGUGUUGAUUGUUAAUUUGUUUCUCUGGUUUUGUGAUUAUGAGGGACCCUCUCCCGGGGGAGGGCUCUUUACCAUCUUUAGUUGUUUCAGUGUUACUUGUCUGUUUAUCAUGAAUUAGUGUAUCCCAUCUUAGAUGACUGGAAAAAUCAGGAAUAUGACAUUAAACAUCAAAUACAGAAAA